CCACAGCCACUCUUGCGCCUCUGAGCAGCCACAGGGGCAAAGCCCUGUCACCCCCAGGAUCUGGUCACUGGGGAAAACCGACAGCAGAGACCAGAGGAGGGCCAGAUGGAGCGAGGGGGUGGAGGCCCAGGAGGCGGCAUCUGAGAGGGCCAGGGACCAGGCGCAGGAGGCCGGGGUGUGAGGGGGGGCACAGAGAACAAACUCCCCUCAGAAGUGGAGAAGAGGAGAGCGGAAGGAAUCGAAGGAGGGACAGACAGGAGCCUGAGGAGGAAAGAGAAGGGGGAGAGGGGUCAGGCCAGGCAGCCAAGGAGGAGGCGUGUGGCUGGGGGCUGCCGGCAGGAAGCUGGGGACAGGACCUGCUGUCCCUCAGAGCAGCGGCAUCCCCCCCACCCUCACUCCAGGCAGAGGCGCCAGUGGUCAGGCCAGGAUGUGCCUCUGAGGGCCACCGCGGAGCGCCCCCACCAUGGCCCCCGGAACCCUCUGGAGCUGCUACCUCUGCUGCCUGCUGACCACCGCUGUGGGGGCAGCCAGCUAUCCUCCUCGCGGCUACAGCCUCUACACUGGGAGUGGCGGGGCCCUCAGCUCUGGGGGCACCCAGGCCCAGAGUGCCCCCCGACCUGCCAGCCGCCACAGGAACUGGUGUGCCUAUGUGGUGACCCGGACAGUGAGCUGUGUCCUUGAGGAUGGAGUGGAGACCUUCAUCAAGCCCGACUACCAGCCCUGUGGCUGGGGCCAGCCCCAGUGUUCCCGCAGCAUCAUGUACCGCAGCUUCCUCCGUCCUCGCUACCGUGUGGCCUACAAAACGGUGACAGAUAUGGAAUGGAGGUGCUGCCAGGGGUACGGGGGUGAUGACUGUGCAGAGGGCCCUGCUCCGGCACUGGGCCCCGUACCCACCACACCGCGGCCCCGGCCCCAGCCCGCCCGCCCCAACCUCUCCGGCUCUAGUGCAGGCAGCCACCUGAGUGGACUGGGAGGGGAAGGUCCUGGGGAGUCCGAGAAGGUCCAGCAGCUGGAAGAGCAGGUGCAGAGCCUGACAAAGGAGCUGCAGGGCCUUCGGGGUGUCCUGCAGGGACUGAGCGGGCGCCUGACCGAAGACGUCCAGAGGGCUGUGGAGACGGCCUUUAAUGGGAGGCAGCAGCCGGCAGAUGCAGCAGCCCGCCCGGGUGUGCACGAAACCCUCAAUGAGAUCCAGCAGCAGCUGCAACUCCUGGACAACCGUGUCUCCACCCACGACCAGGAGCUAGGCCAUCUGAAUAACCAUCACAGCGGCAGCGGCAGGGCUCCGGACCCGACCCCGGCCCCUCCCGGCCACAGCGAGGAGCUGCUGCGGGAGCUGGAGCAGCGGCUGCAGGAGUCGUGCUCCGUGUGCCUGGCGGGGCUGGAUGGCUUUCGACGGCAGCAGCAGCAAGACAGGGAGCGGCUGCGCGCGCUGGAGAAGCUACUGGCCUCCGUGGAAGAGCGGCAGCGGCACCUUGCGGGGCAGGCCCUGGGCCGCUGGGCCCCUCAGGAAUGCUGCCCUCCAGAGCUGGGCCGGCGACUGGCCGAGCUGGAGCGGAGGCUGGAUGUUGUGGCUGGCUCAGUGACAGUGCUGAGCGGGCGGCGAGGCACCCACCUGGGAGGAGCAUCUGGGCAGGGUGGCCACCCACCAGGCUACACCAGCUUAGCAUCCCGCCUCUCCCGCCUGGAGGACCGAUUCAACUCUACCUUGGGCCCCUCGGAGGAACAGGAGGAGGGCUGGCUGGGGCGUCCUGGGGGGCUGGGCCACUGGCUGCCUGCUGCCCGGGGCAAACUAGAGAAGCUGGAGGGGCAGCUGGCCAAUGUGAGCGGGGAGCUGGGGGGGCGGCUGAAUCAGCUGGAAGAGCAGGUGGCAGGGGCAGUGCAGGCAUGUGGGCAGCUCUGCUCUGGGGCCCCCGGGGAGCAGGACUCCCAGGUCAGGGAGAUCCUCAGUGCCUUGGAGCGCAGGGUGCUGGACAGUGAGGGACAGCUGAGGCUGGUGGGCUCAGACCUGCACAAGCUGGGAGCAGCUGGGGAGGCCCAGCAGACCGCGCUGGAGCAACUGCAAGGGGCGGUGGGCCUGCUCCACGGUCGUGUUGAUACGCUGGGCGAGACGGCUGCAGAGUUUGCACUACAGCUGAAUCUCACAGCGGCACGGCUGGGCCAACUGGAGGGGCUGCUGCAGGCCCGAGGGGAGGAGGGUUGUGGCGCCUGUGGAGGUGUCCAAGAGGAACUCGGUCGCCUGCGGGAUGGUGUGGAGCGCUGCUCCUGCCCGCUGUUACCUCCCCGGGGCCCUGGGGCCGGCCCUGGGGUCGGGGGACCCAGCCGUGGGCCGCUGGAUGGCUUCAGUGUGUUUGGGGGCAGCUCAGGCUCAGCCCUCCAGGCCCUGCAAGGAGAGCUCUCUGAGGUCAUUCUCACCUUCAGCUCCCUCAAUGACUCACUGCAUGAGCUGCAGACCACCGUGGAGGGCCAGGGUGCUGAUCUGGCUGACCUGGGAGCCACCAAGGACCGAAUCAUCUCUGAGAUCAAUAGGCUGCAACAGGAGGCCACAGAGCACGCCACAGAGAGUGAGGAGCGCUUCCGAGGCCUGGAGGAGGGACAGGCACAGGCCGGCCAGUGCCCCAGCCUGGAGGGGCGACUGGGCCGCCUGGAGGGAGUCUGUGAGCGGCUGGACACGGUGGCUGGGGGACUGCAGGGCCUGCGUGAAGGCCUUUCCAGACACGUGGCUGGGCUCUGGGCUGGGCUACGGGAAACCAACAGCACCAGCCAGACACAGGCAGCCUUGCUGGAGAAGCUGCUGGAGGGGCAGGCCGGCCUGGGCAAGCGGCUGGGUACCCUUAAUAGCUCCCUGCUGCUGCUGGAGGACCAGCUUCACCAGCUCAGCCUGAAGGACCUCACCGGGCCUGCAGGUGAGGCUGGGCCACCAGGGCCUCCUGGGAUGCAGGGACCCCCUGGCCCUGCUGGGCCUCCAGGACCUCCAGGCAAGGAUGGACAAAAGGGGCCCAUGGGGCCACCAGGUCCCCAAGGUGAACAGGGACCUGAGGGGGCACCAGCAGCCUCCGUGCCCCGGGUAGCCUUUUCAGCUGCCCUGAGCUUGCCCCGGUCUGAACCAGGCACAGUGCCCUUCGACAGAGUCCUGCUCAAUGAUGGGGGCUACUACGAUCCAGAGACUGGCGUGUUCACGGCGCCACUGGCCGGGCGCUACUUGCUGAGCGCAGUGCUGACGGGGCACCGGCACGAGAAGGUGGAGGCCGUGCUGUCCCGCUCCAACCUGGGCGUGGCCCGCAUAGACUCCGGUGGCUACGAGCCCGAGGGCCUGGAGAAUAAGCCGGUGGCCGAGAGCCAGCCUAGCCCGGGCGCCCUAGGCGUGUUCAGCCUCAUCCUGCCGCUGCAGGUCGGGGACACGGUCUGCAUCGACCUGGUCAUGGGGCAGCUGGCGCACUCGGAGGAACCGCUCACCAUUUUCAGCGGAGCCCUGCUCUACGGAGACCUGGAGCUCGAACAGGCGUAGACGGCGGGGUGGGGAAGCCGGGGGGACCGGGUCCCACCCGCCCGAAGUGUCUACGCGGCCAAACAGCCAGCCAGGGGCGGGAUCCCCGGGGUCUCGCCUGGGACGCGGCGCCGACCCCUGGGGAGCCGCAGCAGAGGCGCCCCGAGCCGAGCGGCGUCCUCCCCAUGAUUGAAGUGCACCGGGUCGGGGACUCUGGGGUCCCCUCGUCCAGACCGUUGGCUUGAUCGCCGUCCCUGCAGGACCCAGACUGCGGAGGGGCCCAUCCUGGCACCCUCUGCUCCCCCAACUGGCCUCCAGGUCGAGUCCCUCGGCUCCAGGGCUCUCUCGAGGGGGCUCCGGCCCCCACCGCCAUACUAAACUAUUCAGGAAUAAAGACACUUGGUUUUUC